UCGCAGCGUCAGGGAAAGUAGUGCAUAUAAAUCGUUUCGACUUUUCUCUUCAAAAUAUAGCCGUGACUUUAAUUGCGCUUUUAACAGUGCAGUUCUUGCAGUUAUUACUUUAUUCGUAUGCCAAGCCGGGUUUAAGUCAUCGCUGCCUUAAGUCUCAGUUUUUUUGCCUCUUGCCUCGUCUGGAAAUCUUUCCCUUUUUCCCCUCCAAAUACCCACAUCCACGGCGUGAGCCUGGCCAUUCACGAUGAACGACCGUCAUUUUAUGGUUUUCUUCGUAGCUUUGGUUGCUGUUGCAGAAGGCAGUAACCUGGAGGCUUACAAGCAUGCCGUGCUGUAUCCAUACAAAAAUGCCGUAAUCUACCUUGCUGACACAGUUAUGUCCCCGCUCAGUGCUGCACCCGUUCCCGUGAACGCAAAUCAAACCGAGUUAACUCCUGAGUUGAAAGCCUUUGCGCGCGACUCCAAACCCUUCCACACCAAUGUCCGUGAUAUCAGCGCCGCAGCUGAAGCAGAAAAGGUGAAAACACAGCAGCAAGUGGAGCAAAAAACGGCGGAAGUGGCUGCCUGCAGUGGCCAGUUGACCCAAAAGCAACACGAAUUAAAUGUGAAAAAUGCGGAGUUGAGUGGACAGGAGGUGCAGUUGAAUGAGGCGCACGGCCAUUUAGCGCAAGCCCAAGCAGAAGCCCAUCGAGCGCAGCACGAUUAUGAUGAAGCUCGGCGUGAGGUGGAUCGCAAAAGAAACUGUAUAAUUGGAAGAAAAAAGCGAGGGCUUCUGAAGGUUCUCAAGAAACUGGUAAAUGGACCGUGCCACUUCGUACACAAUAUCGACGCCUCAAAGGACCGCCGAACUGCAGCGGGACACAGAAAAGAUCACGCCCAAGCACGCGUCCACGACCUUACCCAUCUAGUGAAUCAGAAGCGUGCCGAAAGGGAUCACGCACAGCAUCAGGUAAACGCAGUUACAGGUCAGAAGCAGGCAAUGGAACACCAAUUGUCCGUACUUCAAACGCAGCUGCAGCGGGAAACAGAACUGGUGGCGCCGAUCAGUCUGUUCUACGGACACAUCUCCACAGUUUUCGACCAUUCUGGAAGUCUGCAGAACGUUUUGGACAAACUUAUCUCCAUUGAGCUUGUCAUAGCGCCGCUGGAGCAAAUUUCGGAGAAGCUGAUAGCAUUCACCGGCGAUCAGUUGAUUAGGAACGAUAUCAGCGCGGCUUUGACUCGUAUGCGCCAACAUACUGCCACUCUUAAAGAGAAACUGCCGCAGUAUCCCUUGUUUUUUCUUACUCACGUUUUUCCUUAAUCACGGUGUAACUGUGUGAAAUUGUGAAAUAUAACUGGACCAUUCGCUUUAAAAGAUUGAGAACGUUUUUUGAGUUAGCCGAUAGCACCAUAACUUUAUGUACUGUUGCAUCGUAAAAAUACUUAAAAAAUCGGAUACAGUAAAUUUGUGAGAUUAAACAUCUGUGCACAUUGAACAAGGCUCUGCACU